AUGACAUCCGGAGAAGUGAAGACAAGCCUCAAGAAUGCCUACUCAUCUGCCAAGAGGCUGUCGCCGAAGAUGGAGGAGGAAGGGGAGGAGGAGGACUACUGCACCCCUGGAGCCUUUGAGUUGGAGCGGCUCUUUUGGAAGGGCAGUCCCCAGUACACCCACGUCAAUGAGGUCUGGCCCAAGCUCUACAUCGGCGAUGAGGCGACGGCGCUGGACCGCUACCGGCUGCAGAAGGCGGGGUUCACGCACGUGCUGAACGCGGCCCACGGCCGCUGGAACGUGGACACCGGGCCCGACUACUACCGUGACAUGGACAUCCAGUACCACGGCGUGGAGGCCGACGACCUGCCCACCUUCGACCUCAGUGUCUUCUUCCACCCGGCGGCCGCCUUCAUCGACAGAGCGCUGCGCGACGAUCACAGUAAGAUCCUGGUUCACUGUGUCAUGGGCCGCAGCCGGUCAGCCACCCUGGUCCUGGCCUACCUGAUGAUCCACAAAGACAUGACCCUGGUGGACGCCAUCCAGCAAGUAGCCAAGAACCGCUGCGUCCUCCCCAACCGGGGCUUUCUGAAGCAGCUCCGGGAGCUGGACAAGCAGCUGGUGCAGCAGAGGCGACAGGCCCAGUGCCAGGACAGUGAGGGGGAUGGCAGGGAACUGUAGGGCCCGACUCACCUGGCCAGCAGAGGCACUGGGGGACAGAGGGGAGAGGCACAACAUAGCCCUGGCCUAGGACUCCAGAUAAGGGACAGUUAAACCAAAGCUCGACUUCUUCCAAACCGUCUUGUUCAACUUCCCUAUGUGUGCUGGGGACAGGGAGGACCCAGAGUUGCCCCCGGGCAGAGCCGAGCACUCAGUCUCUCAGUGAAAUGAGAGGGACGGGCUCCCGGCUCUGGGUCACAGAGGAGCAUGCGACACUGCACAGUCUCCCUGCCUUUUGUUUUUUUUGGUGAGAAGGAAGAGGGAAAUUUUAAAAUGUUGUACGCAUUAUGUUGUGAUUAAACGUUUGGCUUUGUCUGAAAGGAAAUUCACGUUCUUAUAAAAA